CACGAUUAAGGGUCUUAGUGAGCACCGGGGUCAAAAGAAAAUUACAUGCUUGUGCGGGUUUUCUUCAAAGCCUCCCUCGGCGUAUUUUGUACACCGUUCUGAUUUACUGUCAAGCUGCUCAAAAGCAAUGCGGAGCCCACUUGUUGAGACUUGGAGGCGCUGUUCGGCCCUGCCGGAGGGCUCAGCAGUGGACAGUCCCAGAAGUCAGGCUGUGGCCCAGCCCCAGGCACCAGGCUGCAACUCCCCACCUCUAGAUAUAGUUUUAAGGUGCCUUGCCCUCGCCAAGUGCAUGCCCCAAGCCAGGGAGCCAGCGAUGCUUUUAACAGGGCAGAAAUGCGAAAACUGAAGAGAACUCCCAGCCCUGGGCCUCUCUCACACAUGUGUCACAGCUGGGAAAAGCUCGCUCUCGCUCCCACUGGAAUAAUUGUCACCCAUACUCAGCCCUAGAGGGUCUCAGAGCCAGUGGUCCAUUCACACGCUCAGUGCUCAGCGAGAGUUUGAAUAGCUCUUUCUCUGUUGUUUUCAAAUCAAUCACCCCAUUUGAAGACUUCUGCUUUCUUCUGCUGUUCUGUAUUGUCCCCCCAGGCGCCCCAAAGCAUUCCUUAUCAAGAGUGAACUUAAUUGCCAGUUUAAAGCAUUAAAGCACAAACUGUAAAUCUAUGAUCACCAAGUGAAUCACCAACCUUCUCAAAGAAGAUAAGGACUGAGACAAGCAUGACUAAUGACACCACAGCAAGACGUUCACUACCGCUGUGUGGGGGCUGAGGGCUUCCGGCCACCAAGCAGAUCACAGAUGGCGAAGGAGCUGUUCUGCUGGCAUCGGGAAGGGCUGGGGCAGACACAAACGUGAUGAGGGAACUGCAGCCCGCUGUACUCAGGCCUCCAACCUGGGCCCCAGGACACAAUUCAAACAGCCACCCACUGACCACACACACUCUCCCCCCACCAUGUCCUCCGCAGACACUUCCUUCCUGUUCCUGCUCAGUUUCCACCCGAAAUCUACUUCUGUCCUGUUCUAUGUUGCUCCUGACAACCUCCGAGAAAUUGAUCGCCAUGAAAGAAAGAAGACAGGUCUGACAGGCUCCUGCAGAGUUACAUCACUUCCUAAAAAACAGGCAAACACCUCUCCUUCAAGUGAGCACGGACCCAAACAAGCAGGAAACAGGAAAUGUGCGCGGUGGAGGAGGCCGCGGCCGCGCAGCAUCCCCGGGAGCUGACAUGAGCGCCCCGCGCGCAGCCCUCCUGGGGGCCCUUCUGGGCCUCGCCGCCACCGACCAGGGUAAUAGUGAAGACUCAGAACUGUCAGGAGGUGGUUUCCAGGAAGAUAACAAAGCUAAUGAAGAGACUACAUCAAGUAUAUAUAUUUCAGUGACUCCAGAAGCAUUUACUGCAGAUACGAAUUCUACCCACCUUGGCGAGGAUACAAAUCAGUUAGAGUUUAUAUUAAUGGUGUUGAUCCCAUUGAUUUUAUUGGUCCUCCUGCUUUUAUCUGUGAUACUCCUUGCAACAUACUAUAGAAGAAAGAGAACUAAAAAGGAGACUUCUAGCCAAGGAUCUCAAAGUGCUUUACAAACAUGUGAACUGGGCGGUGACAACCUCAAAGUCCCUAUUUUCGAGGAGGACACUCCUUCUGUUAUGGAGAUAGAGAUGGAAGAGCUUGAUAAAUGGAUGAACAGCAUGAGUAGAAAUGCUGACUGUGAAUGUUUGCCUACUCUGAAGGAAGAAAAGGAAUCAAACCACAACCCAAGUGACGGUGAAUCCUAAAACGGAAUGGUGCUCAUGUUUUCCAAGAGAAGUGGCCCCUGAGGGAGCCUGCUGGGCCUGCCAAUAGACGAUGAAGAGGAUGCGAGUUUAAUUAAUUUCAAAUCAAUGUAGACAGAAGAACCUUUGCUGUUUCUUCCAGCACCCACUCUCCUCCUGACAGUCUCCCUGUCCCUGGAAGAAGGAGCUGUGGAGGAAGCUCAGGAGGUGCCUGGCUGCCCUCCAGACAACUCUGCUCAGGGCUAGCAGGAGCCACAGAGGGCACAGCCUCUUGGCAGUGGGCGUCCCCUCCUCCAGGCUGCCCUGAGCUUGCUCGCUCUGGCCUCUCUCUCCAAGUCCUUGUUACCUUUCUGCUUCGUUUCUCAGGGUUUAAAUCAGGAAGCUGUUUUAUCUAUGGUUUCUUUCUGGGUCAACUUACUAGCUAACCAGCUUUGGAUAAUUUCCUCUCAUUAUUCAAGACCUCUGUCAAGUCGGCUCCAUUCAGCAAGACCUCUCCUCUGAGGAAAGGUAGGUCGCGGAUGAGACAUCAGGCAAAGUGAGCAUUUCGAUGUCUACACCAACCCUGGGGGCUUUGGAAGCUCGCUUCCACCAGCCAAGAAAAUCCAGUGAGAGAGUACCCGGGCCUGAGGAGAUGUUGUCCGGUCACUUGUGGACUUUGAUUUAGCCACGGCCUGGUCACCUUCCUGGCUAUUUGUGGGGAAUUCUCAGAGGAACUAGGAAGCUUCAAAGAAAGAGCCAACAUUUUCCUUCUCAGCUAAAAUCGCCUCUACCUGUGAUCUUCCCCCAAGCACCUUUGUGUUUCACCAGGCCUGCCUCACCCUUCUCAUCUCAGGGAUCUUUAAACUCGUCUGAAACCGAGUGGGAACAGGAAAUACCUGUGCCCGUGUCAGAGAGCACUCAUGGUGCAGCGUCCUACCAAGCCGGGCCAAGCCUCCUGUCCUCCCAUCCUGGGAGGUCGCUCUGGGUCCACCAGAGAUGACAUUCUGGCUAUAUCUGUCGAUAUCCUUGUGCUCAAAAGAAUGGCACAAAAUGCACAAGGGCUUGUAAGGCCACUCCCCUCACACACACACAAAUCUUUCCAUUUAAUCCUUAGUUUUGUAAUUCUCACUUUAAAAAAAAAAAUAGUCUAGCAAAUGGAGAAUCCUCAGCUUCCUUAGGACACUUGACAUUUUAUUCCAGGAACUACAUGAAGACUGAAAUCUUUGUUUAUUUUAGUCAUUGUAUGUAAACUGAGGAGAGGGGAAGUUAACCGGACUUUUGCUGCUGAAAUGGGGGGUGUGUUGGAAAGGCUGCCUUCACGUAUAAGAAAACCCCCGUCCUGCCUUUUAUAGAUCCUUUAGCACAUCCUUUCUGAAGUAUUCGGAUAAUUUUCAAGGCAGGGUUCCAGGCUCAGGAGGUCUCUCUGUACAUGAUCACCCGGACUGUCUGGCUGUGUUUGACUCCUGCUGUCAUGCUCUCUGGGGCUGCUUAGCUCUUUGACAAAAGGCAGACAUCCUGCUGUCUAACGCAACAGCCCUGUCUGCCAUCUUUGCAUUAGCACAUCCUUACAUAACUUUUUAUUUUCACUGCUGUUUUGUAUACUCACAAAUCCACUUACAGUCCACAGUUACUCUCAGAUAUUUAUGCCAAAAUUGCUGCUUUCUGAAUAAUCCUAUCGUAUCUAUUUUAUACCCAUGUUUGUUACUUUAAGUUUGUCUCUUUCUCAGAAGAGUCUCAGUUUGCUUUUCUGGGUAUCUAAGAUCUUUGCCAAACACGCAGGCCUUUAACCUGGAUAUGACCUUAUCACGUAGUGAGCUUUGGAAGUUCUCAGAAGUAUGAGGGGUUCUGGAAUCUCAUUUGAAAAAGCAGGAUUGUACAAUAUAAUAAAAUAUUUUAUUUAGUGUUUUUAAACAACUUCAAAUUCCAGAAGAAACAAACCUCAGCAGGAUGCCAUUGAGUUUAUGUCUGAGAAAUGUACUGACUUCUAUAAUUGCACAGUGUACAAGUUACUUUUUAAAAGGCAUUUAUUCUGGCAAGAUCCAUGGAGUCAGGAUGGGUCAAAACAGUCACUGAAUAAUCCUAGCACCAGACAUUUGUUUAUUACUAUCCAAUCAGUGUGUAUCAUGAAUGCAUGACAACUCCAAGAAUUGCUUUCAACCCAAACUUAAUUUUAGGUUUCAGUUUAUUAGUAAAACAAUGUUGUUAAUUUUCCCUAAUUGGAUAGCCAAUCACAACAUAAUCUGACUUUCAAAUAGUUUAAAGAUAAAAGUUUUAUUGCAUUUUUGUCACUUUAAGCAGACUAGGUUAAUGACACUGCCCCAUCAAACUCCUCAGGAAGCUUGCAAUAAAUGUAUAAAAAUGCCAA